CAACGCUUUUUCCGUAAUUUUGCUUAUUUCAUUUUUGAGUUUGUUUAUUGAAGAAAAAACUGUAUAUUGGUGAAAAGAUUAAUUGUGCUUUGUUUAAUUGUGUUGCGUCGAGAUGGCGACUGUGGACAGAAGCAUAAAGAAGGAGAAGAACCAAAAUAUUCAAGUAUUUGUGAGAUUGAGGCCACUGAACCACCGGGAGAAGGCCAUCAGAUCCCAUGGUGUUGUGGAAGUGGUGAACAACCGUGAGGUGGUGGUGCGGCAGUCCCACCAGUCCUCACACACCAAGAGGUUCACAUUUGACAGAGCAUUUGGACCCAAUGUUCAACAGGUUGAAGUAUACAAGGAGGUGGUCAGCCCUCUAAUUGCGGAGGUGCUGGCCGGCUACAACUGCACGGUGUUUGCAUACGGACAGACAGGCACCGGCAAGACCCACACAAUGGUGGGGGAAAACAGUGGGGAAGGCACCACUUGGCAGAAUGACCCGCUAGCCGGCAUAAUCCCGCGCGCGCUCAGCCAGUUAUUCGACGAGCUACGCAUCAGCAACACAGAGUACAACGUUCGAGUAUCCUACCUCGAGCUGUACAAUGAAGAGCUGUGUGACCUGUUGUCUCCUUCCAUGGACAACUCCAAGCUGAGAAUCUAUGAGGAUGUUAAUAGAAAGGGGUCUACUAUUGUUAAUGGGCUGGAGGAGAUUACCGUGUACAACAAAAACGAAGUAUACGAGAUUAUGGCGCGCGGCCAAGAGAGGAAGAAAGUGGCUUCCACUCUCAUGAACUCACAAUCCAGCCGCUCUCACACAGUAUUCACAAUCGUGGUGCACAUCAAGGAGAACAGCCCCAAAGGCGAAGAGUUAGUGAAGAUAGGCAAACUGAACCUGGUGGACUUGGCCGGGUCUGAGAACAUCAGCAAGGCAGGGUCAGAUAACCCGGCCAAGAAGGAGCGUGCGCGGGAGUGCGUCAACAUCAACCAGUCGCUGUUAACACUUGGCAGGGUAAUCACAGCGCUUGUUGAGAAGCAUCCGCAUAUCCCCUACAGAGAAUCGAAACUGACCCGCAUUCUCCAAGAGUCCCUGGGCGGCCGCACUAAGACCUCGAUCAUAGCGACCAUAUCCCCCGGACAUAAGGACUUGGAGGAAACUAUGAGCACGUUGGAGUACGCCAACCGCGCCAAGAAUAUCCAGAACAAGCCUGAAGUCAACCAGAAACUGACCAAGCAGGCAAUAUUGAAGGAGUUCGCCGAGGAAGUCGAUAAAUUGAAGCGGGAGUUGACUGCCGCAAGGGAUAAGAAUGGCGUAUACCUCCCAACGGAGACCUACGAAGAGAUGACAAUAAAGCACGACGAGCAGCGGCGCGAGAUACAAGAGCUACUGCUGAAGAAACGAGCCAUGGAGGAGGAACGCGAACGUAUGGAGAGCGUGUUCCGGGAGUUGGAACAACAACACGCGCGCGUCGAGACCGACCUCAUGGCCACGCGCGACCAGCUGCAACACACCGCCUCUAAACUGGAAGAGACAUCGCAGCGCUGCGAGGAACAGAAGCACCUGGUGUCCCGCCACCUGCAGACGGAGGGCGAGCUGACGGCGCAGGCGCGGCAACUCAUCGCCGCCGCCGACGUCGCCACCAACGACGUGGCGUCUCUACAUGACACCGUAGACAGACGCAGAACGGUAGAGUCGGCGAAUGUGGAGGCAGUGAACGCGUACAGAGCCGAGAGCACAGCGCAGAGACAAAACAUGUUGUCUGGCCUGCAGGGCUGCACCGAGACGUACAUGGCCGCCCGGGACCAGCUGCAGGCUAAUAUUGACGACCACGCGAGAGACACAUCAAUGACUCAGGAGCUGAACAUACAAGACAUGAAGCUACUGGCUGCAAAGAUGGCCAUGUUCAUGAACGAGAUAAAAUCCCUGUCAUCCGAGACAGAAUCCCAGCUAUCAGACAAGAGCGCUCAAUGCCAGUCGGUGCUGGAGAGCUCGGCGGCGGAGCGGCGGCGGACCUUCGAGGACCUGCUCGCCGGCCUCAUACAGCAAGUGGCCGAGAGUGUCGACAGAGCCGCCGCCACCGACGUAGUCGGCACUGUCUCUAAGUCCACCGAGCAAUGGCUGCAAGGCGCUACAUCCCGCGUGCACUGCCUACAACGCACGCACAGCACAUUCAACACGCAAGCUAAACAGCUGGAGAACACGAGGGAUGCAGCUGCCAGGAGACGACACGCCGCCAGGUUGGCUGCCUUGAAAGAAGAGGAGGAUACCAUCACUGCGUGUAUCGAGCAAAUGGAGAGAGACAAGCAAGCUAUCGAGGAACGCAUGGCGAAGCAGCUAGCCGUCAUCCAGGAGGAGAGAGACGCCACCGAGCAGCGCUUGCAAGAGAUGGCACAGCAUGUGGAAACCGUACGCACAGCCCUGCACGAGAACACAACCCGCCACCUCACCGAGCUGCAACAACAGCGGCAGGCGUACGAGCAGUCCACGCAGCGGUGCCUGCAGCUGCAACGCUCGCAGCUCGACUGCGUGCGCCGCGAGAGGGCCGCCGCCACCGCGGGGCUCGAGGAGACUUGCGAGGAGAGCAACCAGUGGCAGAGACAUGUCACUACCUUGGACAAGGAGUUUGGAGAAGGUACGAGUGCGAUCACAGCCGAGAUGGAAGCGUUCAGUCACAGCGUGGUGCAGAUAGUCGCCCACACCAACGACAAGCUUAUGGCUGAGCUUAGCAAUACCAAGACUACCAUUGAGCAAGCGGUGGGCGAGGUGUCCCAGGCGGACGCGGCGGCCACCCGCCGGCACCUGCAGGGCACGCGCGAUGCGCUCCAUGACGUGGUACUCGGCGCCAACAACACGCUCGCUGCCGUCGUCAAUAAGACUGAGGAAACAACCUCAUCCUCCUUGGAGGCAGUGAACACAGUAUCGGAGCGUUGUUCCCGCCUCGCCUCCUCCGCGCUCCAACAACAGACCUUACAAACGGCUACACUAGCGCGCGCCACCGACGCGGUCCAGGCCGGCGGAGACAACCUACGAAGGGAGAUCAACCAGCAGGCGGACAUGGAAGGACGGUACCUCAUGCAGGAGUUCCGGGUUUAUUCACCUACUGGCAACACGCCCGCUCGCCGCGAGUACCGCUACCCGCGCCGCCUGGCGGCCACGUCGCCGCACGAGCGCAUCCUGCAGCGGUUCCGGCUGCAGCCGAGGAACUCGCUCAACAUCGACAGCCCCGAGAGCGACUGCAUAGUGGUGGAGUCGGAUGAGGGUCGCAACGGCAGCGACUCGGACGAGGUGUCGGAGUCCUCCGUGUCCAACCUGUCGGAGGACUCGGGCGUGGCGCAGCAGUGACGUCACUCGCCUACUACGUGUGACUAGUGUGAUAGUGAUAGAUAAAGGAUCAGCCUUUAUUCACGAUACUUUUUAAAACGAGCGAAUAUAUAACUUAGCACAAUGAGGAUAAAAACUAGAAACUCAAAUGGGUGGCAGCACUGUGUUGUUUUCCUAAAUUUUGACAGUGCACUAUAUUGGCCCCGAUUCCUGCAGACACCGCCUAAUUUUAUUUUAAGUUAUAUCCGUCAUUUUCAUAUCCGUCGAAAAGGAAAGGGACGGAUGAUUCACAGCUCUUAAUUUUAGGAAGAAUGAGUAAAUGAAUGAAUAACCCGGGCGAAUCAAAAGGUACGUCGCUGGUAUGCAAUCCGUUUGACGUGCUGUCUACUUAACUGUGUCGGGUUAUUGACGGAUGUAAAAUUUUUAGACGGUUGGUUUAGAUUUGUGCUUAAAAUUGACGUGUGUUCCAUAAAUUUUAUGCUUGUCGAUUACCCGUCCCUUUCCUUUUCGUCGGAUAAGAAAAUGACAGAUAUAACUUAAAAUAAAAUUAGAUGGUAUUUACAGGAAUUAGCACCACUGUCCAGCUAAAAUUCCUGAUAAAUUGCUAUAAAAUGUGCAGCAACGUAAGGUGUCUUCCGUGUGAAGGACAAGUUACGAAAACUAAAAGCCAUCAGUUGGAAAAAGGCAGUUUUGAUUGAAAAUAAGUUUUUCUAAGUUUUCUUCUUUCGUAUCUUUACUGGAAUAAAUGUAACAUAAUGAUUUUGCACUUAAACCCUGCGCAAAGGGUUAUAGUGUAAAAAUAUAACCAAAACAAUAUGUUUGUAUACUCAAAUAGUAUGGGGAACUGUCAAAAUUUAAGAACACUCAACAGUAGAGACACGUGAUGGGAGAAUAGGCAACGCUCCUAAUACAAUGAUGUCGCUGAUGAAGUCAGCUUGUUUAAAAAAGCGUCGUGUGUGAGGUAGUCCUUUUAGGCAUGCUAUUGCGUACACGGGCGUUUUAGUCGACUUCGCUUGUAUAAUUCGCGGCGUAUAAGUUGGACGGAAGGCAAGAGGGAAACCACUGCCCUAAAAAGUAGCAUGGAGAAUGCUACGCCGACAAGAGCGUGGCUCUUAAACUGGUGGUGAUAAUGAUAAGUUGAACCAAAAUGGUGGUCGACACAGGUAGCGUGUCUGGUUGUCAUGGUUACGCACUGCCCCUCGCGUCCCUCAUAACGAACUUCGAUUGAGAACCAAUAGUUUGUUACUGCGCAUUCAAUAUUCAACUUAUACGCCGCGUGUUAUCCGUGCGCACUAGCUAUAAGGGACGACAAUAUUGACACGAGCAAGAAAUAGGCUGUUCAUCCAUUAUAACACAGUGCGAAACUGCGGCUUUAUGCUAACCGCACUGUUGCUGAACUAUCGAUUGUUGUUGAUAUUGAUACUGUUGUUGCUUUUUAAACUGUCGAUAGACUAUCGAUACUAAUAAAUAACUAAAUUCUUACGCAAUUCUUCGUCUUUUUAUCUUCAUGUUUCUUGCUUGAGGUUGUCGUCCCUUUAAUUUUGGUACAAAAAUGGUUUAACAGUCUUCAUAGACCUCUAUAUUCCGGCUAUACGCUAUAAAGUCUGUCAGUACGCAUGUACGCGGUCUGCUCGUCGUUCUUAUAUUAGCAUAGCUUUUAAUGUGAUAGCGAAACUUGUAAAGUGAAGUUUUGCCAUUUCGGUAUGAUUAAUUGCUUUCGGUAAAGCAUAUUAAGUUGUGACGCGCUACGGAGGAAGCUUACGUUUGCCCGCCGCAAAUUGACACUAUACCCUAUAAAAAGUAAGAUAUAUCUUGUCUGUUUCUUACUAGGCUAUAUAGCUUUAGUGCGAAAGAGACGUGAAAUAAUCUUUCGUACUAGGCGAUGUACAGCUCUGUCAGUAUCAUUUUAAUAAUGUUUCAUUAAAAAUAUCUGUAUUAAAAUGACAGACAUCAGGUUAAAAAGGGCACAAUAUUGCAAUUUGUCAUUUGCGCAUAUAAAAGUAAAUGUCAAAGGGCAAUAUUGAUUUUUUUAUAACCCCCCAGUUCUCUGAUACGUCUAUUUCGCACUCGACUGUUUGCUAUCUUUCUGUGUUCAUUCUAAUUAAGCUAUUUUUAAUGUGCCGUAGAUAAAGUCAGAGUAUACCGAUGACGUCUAUCGUAUAGUAUAUCGAGUUCGCCCGACAUUAUGUUGUUUUUUUACAUUUUGACCCAUAUAAGAAUUAUUAAAAACGAAAAUGACGUGAAAAUAUACUAUGUUACCCGUAGAACGUUACAAUUUAACGUUAUAAAAUAUUGUAUAAUAAUUUAAGAUACACUACCUUCCAAAACUAAGUACCUAUUACACUUUUAAAAUUAUAAUUACUUUUCAAGUAUACAAGUUAAACUUUUGAAAUAAAAAGGACUCGAAAUGUAUAGUUAUACUAAUGUAUAGUUUAAUAGUUUUUGUCUCUAACGUCUAUAGUUUGGGAAAAUAAAGAUUUUUUAAAAGUGUAGUACUUAGAUGAAAGACUUGACUUUUGAUAGAUAAGAAUGGAGAAUGCUACACCGAAAAGAGCGUGGCUCUUAAAUUAGUGAUGAGUACCUAGUUGUGCAGAUCAUUAUAGAAGGCGUUACGGCUCACCAUCUGCGUUGGUCUAAUAGAAGCAUGGGUACUCACUUUGUCAUGCGAUGGAUGUACGGUCACGAGCAAUAAUAUACACUUUGGUAACAUGUCACAUUAACUUUUUUGACGAAUUGAACUGUAAGUCUCGCUAAAUGUCAAAUAUGUUAGUGCGACAGAGUCCUAAAGUGGGUACAUUAUAUUGCUCGUGACUGUACCUAUGACUAGCCUAAUUUUGGGAUAGUCGUGAGCUUAUUACGUUGUUUGAUUAUAAUUAUGAUGGGACCAACGGUCAUGUAUUUAAUAUGUAUAACUUGAUGCUUUUGUAAGUAAACUUUCCUUAAACUACUUCAGAUUUGGGGUCAAACCACAUUUGUCAACAUCUCAUCGCACUUUCCUAUGUUUCUAUCCUUUUCUGUUACUCAGACCCGUCAUUAGAGCGAGGGAGAUGCCGCACGUAUAUGCACGCGUGCCCCCGAUUCCUGCAGACACCUCCUAAUUUUACUUUAAGUUAUACCUGUCAUUUUCUUACCCGUCGAAAAGGAAAGGGAUGGAUGAUUGACAGUUCUUAAUUUUAGGAAGAAUGAGUAAAUUAAUGAAUAACCCGAGCGAAUCAAAAAGGUAUGUCGCUGGUAUGCAAACCGUUUGACGGCCAAUGUAAAAUUUUUACACGGUUGUUUUAGAUUUGUGCUUAAAUUUGACGUGUUUUCCAUAAAUUUUAUGCUUGUCGAUUACCCGUCCUUUUCCUUUUCGGCGGAUAAGAAAAUGACAGAUAUAACUAAAAAUAAAAUUAGAUGGUGUUUACAGGAAUUAGCACUAUCGCCUCUUCGGUUCUGCUGCGUUCUGUCGCCUUCUCUCGCUCUACCAAAUGACGAUUCUGUGUAACAGAAAAGGAUAGAAGUUUAUAAAAGUCCGAUGAAGUGUUGAGAAAUGUGAUUUAACCCUUAUUGUUUAUAAUAUAAACUCGUGACUAGUUUAUCGUUCUUCAUGUAGUAAACGAUGCUAUGGGGUCGUAUUUAAAUUUUAACUUUAAAAAGUUAUGGAUAUAUGUUUGAAAAAAAAGAACAUUUGCAGGUAGCAGGUAAAAAUACUGUCUGACGAUAAUAUCGUCACUGGAAAGGCAAAAUUACGUAAGCGCCAAAAUAUCAUAAAAUAGUAGUCCAUGUUAUGUACUAUGUCCAUGAUAAUUAUGUAUUAUAAGAUGUAGAAAAUGAAAAAAUAAAAUUAAAAUUUUGCCUUUCCAGUGACGAUAUCAUAAUAUCAAUUAUGUGCGACCCUAAGAUGUUACAAGUCCUAAAUUCGUAUGCUAUAGGUGUAUUACGGAAUUGAUUACGAUUAUAAUUAUUGCUCUUAGUGAUUUAUUUUGCUAUAAUAAAUAUUUUAGAAUUUAAA